AUUCAGCAGAAAGCAAAUGUUAAUGCAGCAUUAUUUUUGGAACUAGCCUAAACAUUCCCGACGUUCCCGACAUCAAUCGUGGCCUACUAUAUGUGCAGCAAAAAUAGAACAGGAAGUAGGGCAAAGGGUCAAAGUCUGAGAGGUUGGAGAGCCCAGUGAUGGUGAAGGUAUGUUGAGUUUGAUAAGGAGUGAAGUAGAAUGGGUGUAGUGUAUGUGGUGUUUUAGGUGCUGUAAUAACAGAAAAGACAGAAAACGUAUUUGUAAACCAUAAUUAAGUUGUGUGUAUAGGAUGAUACCUAUAAUUUUAAAAGGCUUACAAUGGGCAGAAAGAAUCACGGGAAAGCACAUGGAAGAGUCAAACUUCCAGUACAAGAGACAAAUGAAGAGGAGGGUGUACCGAAAAUAUCUCCUCAAAAAAGAAGUGAAGUGAAGAAUCUAGUAGGAAAACUAUUGAAAGUUACUAGUACGAUACUGCCUACUCCGAAUGCUAGUAAAGAAUGGGAAAUUCAUUUAGAAAUAGAAAAGCUCCUAGAGAAGAUCAACAAACUAGAAUCAGAUAUGAAGAUUCCAAUUUCAGACCGAGACACUCGCAUUGAAGAAUUCAUUAACUGGAUGAAGGAGAAUGGAGCUGAAAUUGAUGGCAUAAAAAUUGCACAGUUCCCAGGCUAUGGGUAUGGCAUCAAAGCAGAAAAAAAUUUUGCACAGGGUGAUCUGUUGAUUGCAGUCCCUCGAAAGGUGAUGCUGACCACUGAGAAUGUUGGUGAUUCAUUGUUAGGUCCUCUGAUGCGUACGGAUCCAAUGCUACAGCAUAUGCCCAAUGUGGCCUUGUCUUUGCUGUUGCUAAUAGAGAAGUUCAAACCUGACUCAUUUUGGAAACCUUAUAUUGCAGUUCUCCCAGCAGAGUACACCACUGUGCUGUACUUCAAAACUAAUGAACUACAGGAGUUGAAGGGAUCUCCCUCCCUAGAACCAGCGCUGAAGCAAUGCCGCAACAUUGCCAGGCAAUAUGCGUACUUCAGUAACCUAUUUCAGCAAUCAACCGACCCCGGUAUUGCUUCACUGCGAGAAGUUUUCACAUAUGAGCAGUAUUGCUGGGCGGUGUCAACGGUGAUGACUCGGCAGAACUUUGUGCCUUCCAGUGAUGGUAAAUCCAUGCUGACUGCUCUUAUUCCUAUGUGGGACAUGUGUAAUCAUACCAAUGGCAAGUUGUCCACAGACUUCAAUGCAGUGCAGGACCGCAGUGAGUGUAUGGCCUGCCGUGACUAUCAAGCAGGAGAACAGAUUUUUAUCUUCUAUGGACCACGCACGAAUUCGGAGCUGUUUGUACACAAUGGAUUUGUGUAUCCUGACAAUGAACACGAUGGCCUGCGCCUGAAACUGGGUGUCAGUCGAGAAGAUCCUCUGCAACCAGAACGUUCCAAGCUACUGUGCCGACUUGGCAUUCCAGCUGCUGGAGACUUUUUGCUGAGGAAAGGGCCAGAUCCGGUUGAUGGAAGGCUGCUAGCGUUCCUCAGGGUCUUUAAUAUGGGAUCAGAGCACCUGAAGCAUUGGCUGUCCAGUGAUCGCAGCUGUGACCUUGUAUACCCUGACUGUGCACUUGAGACAGAAGUGGAAUCCAAGAUGUGGAAGUUCCUCCUCACUAGGAUUAAUCUCCUGCAGCGUGCCUACCCCACUACAUUGGAAGAAGACUGCAAAAAGCUGAAGAAUCCUCUACUGACGCCCUGUUCUCUCCUAGCUGUUCAGUUGCGGAUAUCAGAAAAGCUGUUGCUUGAUGCUGCAGAGGAGUAUGUGAAACAGCGAAUUAAGACCUGAAGAGACAAGCACAUCUUGGAUAAUCAGCCCUGUAUGUGGUUUAGCCACACAAAAUGCAUGGGAUCAACAGACAUUUUGCCAACAGCUUGGUGAUGAGUCAUGUUGACACAAGCAGGUUUGUGUCAAUGUGAACAGUUGUACAUAAUGAUUAUGAGUAAUUCUUGUUAAGUGUGAAAUUGUGAGGUUAAGUAAACGAAAGAGAAUAUGUAUAUAACACUUCGCUUUUUGUUGCAUAUCGUAGCAGACUUGCAGUAAUAUUUUCAGAUGUGAAAUGAAUGUUUGUAAAUAAAGAAAUGUUAUAUGCCUCAAAAAUAAAACUGAAAAUUAUGAUGAGGAUUUGUCAGAAUUAUAUAAUAAUGUUGUUUGGUGUGUAUUUUCUUUAAUACAAAAGACUGAUAUUUUAUGUAGAAGAACGUAACAUUUACAGAAAAUUUUCAAUCACAUCCAUAUUAAAAUCUUCCACAAGUUAAAAGAACCUGCACUCCCAGUUAUUUUCAGUGAACAGCAAUUAGAAUUUCCAUUUUUCUCAUUAGAUGUUUCAUAUUUUAUAGCCCUUCAGCUUUAAUGCAUUUACAUAUUUCCACAACAGCAGUCUGCCUAUUCUCACUCAUACUAUAAUAAAGUGUUCAUAGUCAUGUAACUAUAAAUGCUGUGACCUAGGAGCUUUGAUGCUGUCUAAGUGCAAUGUUGUUCACUGUUCUUUCUUCAUAUUCCUUUAAUGGAUACUGAAUGUUUGGCCUAACUGGCCAUCUUCAGGUGUACAUGUUAUAAUUGUGCUGCUCACUGAAAUGCAGUUUUCUUUCCUCCCAUUCUAGUUUCCUCUGGUUACUUUGGUUAUGUAUGUUACCAUCAGUUUUAUUUAGGUGUUCUUGGGUUGCACAUGGUUGUCUUGAAAUCCCUUGCUGAGGUGAGAGUUCUGUUGUGUGUUAGUCGGCCAUCAUAGCCAUUUGUUUGACUAUGAUGGCCGACCAACACCAUAACAACUUGUACACCUGAAGAUGGCCAGCUAGGCCAAAACAUGUAGUGUCAAAUAAAGGAAUAUGAAGAAAGAACAGUGAACGACGUUGCACAUAGACGGCACAAAAGUUCCUAAGUGAGAUCUAUACAGUGCAACAGGAUGCUGAAAUAUAACAUUAUAGAUGCUGUAUUUUAUUUAAUAUUUAAAUGUAAUGGUGGUGCUUCAUCUGAAAUUUGAGCUGCAGAUAAGAUAAAACUGAAUGCUUGUGAAUGUUAUAAUUGUAUUUGGCAAAGUGUCUGUACAUUGUACAGAAGUGUUGUGCAUAUUAUCUUCUUCCACAUCAGAGCAGGAGAAGAAAUCACAGACAUGCUUCAUAUGCGAUAUGACUUGAUUGAUAUUUCUGCAUUGCCAUAUUUGUUCAUGUAAUAUUAUUUUUUAAAUUAAUUUUGGGAACAUAAAGAACAUGCAGUUUAGAAUAAGAGACAUUCAUAAUCCCAGUUGUGGUAUAUUUCUAUGAUUGCAUCAUGUUGUAUACUUUUAAAUGUGUUCAUAUGUAUUUUGUUCUGUGUUUGGAUAUCAUAAAGCCAUACAAAUGAUUAUGGUAUUGCUUACGUAGGUUGUGGAAUGAUGAUACAAGAUAUGGCUGUUUAGGUUGUGAUGCCUUGUAGUUUUGUAGAUAGGUGCAAACUUUUCAGAGGAAUCUGCAGCCUCAAUUUUAAGGGUGGUAGGGGGAACUCUACCAAACUACACAGUGUCAUAUCCCAGAAAACCAUAAUCCUGAUACCCCCCAUAAUAAUAAUAAUAUCAUAUCACACAUAAUGAUGAUACAAAUGAAUAUUGAAUUGGCGAGCACUUGAAGAUCCUCACAUUUGUCUGGAAAGAUAACAUAAAAUGUGGCUUAUGUGUUAUUUGACAAUUGUAUGCACUUCACAGGUUAUAUACCAUGAAUAAGAUCAGAGGACUUGUAAGUACAGUGAACCAAAAAAGGGGUAAGGAUGUAACUGUCAAGGCCUAUUUAUGGGACUGAGGAAUGUUAAUUAAAUAUCUCAGUCAGGUUGCUGAUUCUGGAGCCAAGAUCCAGAUUAGCUUUAUGCUGAAUACAUUACCUGUUCAGUGAUUUAGAUCAUUCAUUUUGUGCACAUGCUCUAGCUUCAAAAGCUGGCAAGGGGGUUGGGUUCAUUUACACACAGAACAUAUCACUUUCUUUACAGGAAUGUGGACAGAAAACUUGUGUAUGAAUACAGAUGCAGGCAAGUGAAGGAUAGUGAAGCCUGCACAGUGAGGAGUUUCAUAAUUUGUACUGUUCACCAUUUAUUAUUAGGUUGAUAAAGUGAAGGAGGAUGAGAUGAACAGAUCUGUAGCAUGCAUAAGAUAAAUGAGAAAUUGUACAAAAUUUUUGUCAGAAAAUGCUGAAGGGAAGAGACCACUUGGGAGACCUAGGCAUAGAUUGGAGGAUAAUAUUAAGAUGGACAAGUUAAUUAUGUAUCAGAUUCUCUGGAAGGAUUCAGCACAUGGUAAUUUUGUGAAAGUGUAAGAAUAUGGUGGGAAAUAAUUCUUUUCGUAGAUUUUGUGAAAGAAAAAUUGUUACAUGAACAGAUAUGGUACUUAAUUCUAGUUUACUGUGGUACUUUCCUUGUGCAUGUAAUUAAUAAUGAUUGCUACUGGUGAUUCAUGUUUAAGAUGAAAAGGAAUGAUGCUUGUUGCAUAUAGGAGAUACAUCUUUAACUAAUUGCACUGUAUUGUUAGUAGCUGUGGCUCCAUACACAGUUCCACCCUUAAUGUGACAGUCAGGAGUGCUUUCUUUGUGAUUAAUUUGUCUAACUAGGUCUUCGUUUAAUUUUUGUGUAUUUUCUUUGCAUUUUAAAAGUAACUUCGCCGACAAGCGGCAGUUGCUCAGUCGGUAUAGUUUGCUUGUGCAAUAGAACCAAAGGGUUUUACUUUGCAUUUUAUAACAGCAGAAUAUUCAAUUUCCAAAAAGUGGAACAUUUUAAAGUUGUGUGUCAUAAAUUAAUGAGCUCUUAUAAGGUGAACUAAACAGCCAAUAUUGAAUUCUCAGUGAUGGCAUUUCGUCUUUUCUCCAACCACCCAAGUGCUUUUUCCAUGGAAAUUUUAAGUUAUACCCACACUGUACAGCAGUUUUUAGGUCUGAAUUUAAAAUGUUAUUUUAAUUCUUAAUGAAUGCUUUGGCGGCAAGAUACUUUUGUAGGCUGGGGCAACUUUAUAUUACCGUUUGUUACAUGAAAACAACGAAACUACAAGACAGAUUCUGUAUAUAUAUAGGCAACCUCUUGAGAAUUCUUACCUCCCUCCAUUUCAGAACUUCUUUACUCUUUGUUUCAUAUCAGUAUUUUAUAUAAGCAUCAGUACACUGGCCCUAAUAUUUCUUUCUUGCAGUCUCAGUUGGCCCCAUGUAUUGUUUGUGAUACUGUAUUUAAGGAGCAGUAUUCAUUAUGCAUCUUAACCCUGAAAUGAAAGCUCAUAUUCUGUAAACUGUAAGUGUUUUUGAUGGAUUUUCAGUGUGAAGUAUGAACAUGAGUCCGCUUAUCUCACUGGAAUGUAUAUUUGCAUUGUUUUAUGUUUGGAAAUUAGAAGAAAAUGCUGAUUACUUUUCUUUUAGGACUGACAAUGGUGAAAACUUGCUUUUCUCCAUCUGUUUUGUAAUAAAUAAUACUAUAUUGUACACAAGCCAUUUUAUGCUUAAUAUCAAUGAAUACAUCUAGGAAAGACUGAUGGAUGGUCCUACAUCUUGAUUUAUGUUAUCAGAAUUUGGUGUCGGAAGUGCAAUUUGGUACCUCAGUGUUCCAAAUUUCAAACAUUUGUAUAUAUCAUGCUUUCCUGUGCAAAAUUCUUUCACAUAGCAAAGUUAU